AUGAAUAGAGUUUUGCAGUCAUUGCGACGUCGUGUUGCAAGUUGUGAAAAUACUACAGAUAUUACGAGUAAUCAAAGUGGUGAUAUUACUAACAACAGUGACGAUAUUCUUGCCAAACAAGUAACACCAUUAUCUCGUGAUGAUCAUUCAAUUAAUGAUAAAUUUGGGGCUCAAGUAUUGGAUAAUGUUAAAAAAGAGGAAUUACUAAAAAAUCUACCUAAGGGGAUGAAUAGUUCUGAGAUUUCUAAAUAUAUAUGUGAAUACACAAAUAUGUCAGUAAAUGAUUCAUAUAGCUCAAAAGAAGCUAUUGGUACUCUUUUUAAGGAUUCAAAACAUUAUGUAGAAGUAUUGUAUCCACCUAAUGAAUUUUUGAAAAUAUCGAAUUUUUCAUUUAUUAGGGAUUUUAACACCUUAAAUUCAAACUUGGAUAGUGAUACUGAGGAACCAAAAAGUCAACAACAUACAGAUUUAUCAGAGUUUGCCAGAAAUAAUAAGAUUAAAGAACAAGAAUUAGUAAUGAAUAAUAAGGAUACUUUAUUAAUAAUAAAUAAUAAUCAAGGAAUAACUUCAAAUAGUGUUUUGAACUUUACUCCUAACAUAAUUUCUGCUUUCAAUAUGACCUCAUUAGAUACUUUACCUUUUGGACUAAAGGAAACGAAUUUUGGUCAUAUCUUGGUUGAUGAUCCAUAUAGUUCGUUACCACUACUUCAUCAGGUCAAACCUGAGGAGCAUAUAGACCUACUUAGACAAAAAUUAAGAGUAUGCUGCAUUAUAUUUAACUUUAAUAAUAAUUCUGCCAGUUUAUUAAAAGAAAAGAAAAGAGAAACCUUGCUUGAAUUAGUGGAAUAUAUAAGUAAUAAUGAGCAUAUAUUUCAAGAAUGUAUUGUUCCGGAUGUUUUAUUGAUGAUAUCAAGCAAUAUAUUUAGAUCAUUUAUACACAAUUGUCAACCUGCAUCAAAUAAUUUAAAUAACAAUGGAAUAUUGAAUUGUGGGAAUUCAAAUUUAGGUAGUAAUAUAAAUAAUAAUAAUAAUGUAAAUAAUAUCGGAUCUUUAAAUAAUACAGUACUAGAAUAUGAUGAAGAUGAACAAUCACUAGAACCUAGUUGGCCACAUUUAUUAGUUGUUUAUGAAUUUUUUUUACGUUUUGUAAUAAGUUCUCAAUUUGGUACAAAGAUUGCAAAGAAGUACAUUGAUAAUGCAUUUAUAUUAAAACUAAUUGAUUUAUUUCAGAGUUAUGAUCCACGUGAAAGAGAUUAUUUAAAAACUAUAUUACAUAGGAUAUAUGGGAAAAUAAUGCCUAGAAGAAGUUGUAUUAGAAAAGCAAUGAAACAUAUAUUUCUUAGAGUCAUAAUAGAUGGUGAACCACACCGUGGUAUUGCUGAAUUAUUAGAGAUAUUUGUUUCAAUUGUAAAUGGUUUUACAAUACCAUUAAAAGAGGAACAUAAGAUAUUUUUAGAAACUGCACUUAUACCAUUACAUAAAGCUAAAUGUAUUGCAUCAUUCCAUCAACAAUUAAUUUAUUGUUUAGUACAAUAUAUUGAGAAAGAUACAAAAUUAUCUGUUCCUAUUAUUAAAGGAAUGUUGCGAUAUUGGCCAAUUACAAACUCAUCAAAGCAAAUAUUAUUCUUAAAUGAAUUAGAAGAAUUACUUGAGAUAACACCUACAAAUUAUAUUGAGCCUAUAUUAGUACCUAUAUUUGAAAGACUAGCAUUUUGUAUACAAAGUCCACAUUUUCAUGUAGCUGAAAGAGUUUUAUAUUUAUGGAAUAAUGAGGUUAUCGUGAAUUUAAUAAAUACAUACAAGAGUGAAAUUUAUCCUGUUUUAGUUAAGGCUCUAGCCUCACAAAAUAAGAAGAUACACUGGAAUUCAACAGUUCAUGGACUUACCUUUGUUGUGAACAAAGUUUUAGCAGAGACAGAUCCAGCAUUAUUUGCACAGAUUACAGAAAAGAAUAAUGUUGAGAUCCAGAAAUCAGAGGUGAUUCAACAAAAAAGAGAUGAUAAUUGGAAACAAAUUUUAAAUCUUGCUCAGAGUAAACAAUCCCAAAUUAACUAA